AUGGUGAUGUCUGUGGCAUCAAUACUGGUGAUCCUGGUGUUUGAAGAAGUGUGUGACAGUCCUCCUGUGAAAUGCCCUACAAGUCUCCCGCUUUCUAUUCUUCACAAGCAUUACCAUUCUGGUGACUUUAUCAUUGGUGCCAUUCUCUCUCAGAUCUAUCUAUUCUCCAUUCCAGCAACCUUUCAAAGAAAUCCCUCUUUUGAGGUGUUUGACAAUAUCAUUGUAAUUACCCAGAACUACCAGCAUAUGCUAGCCUUGCAAUUUGCUGUAGAGACCAUCAAUGACAGUCCAAGGAUCUUACCUAAUGCCACGCUGGGGUUCCAUGUGUUGAACAGCAAUUUCCACCCCAAGUGGACUUACUGUGCCUCAGUGGAACUUCUCUCCACACGGGACAAGCUUAUCCCUAACUACAAGUGUGAUGUGCAAACUAAUGUAGCAGCAGUUAUUGGGGGACCAAAUGCUGAUGUGUCUCUCUUCAUGACAACCAUUUUGUCCAUCUACAAGAUUCCACAGUUGGCAUAUGGGUCCUCACCAGGGAUGAGUGACAUAUACCAAAGAGUUUUCCUUCACCAGAUAUUUCCAGAUAUCAGCCAACAAUAUAAGGGGAUUCUCCAGCUACUGCUCUAUUUCCAGUGGACAUGGAUUGGAGUGAUUUUCAUUAAUGAUGACAGUGGGGAGAGAUUUGCAGAAAAUCAGCUUCCCAUGUUUGCCCAGGGAGGUAUCUGCUUUGCUUUUAUAAAAAAAUUUCCAGAACUGAAAUUUUCAACUGAAAUCUCUGAAAUGGUCAUGGAAGGUGUGCAAACUACUAGAAUCAUUAUGGAAGGGACUUCUAAUACCGUAGUUGUAUAUGGUGAAAUUCAAACAAUUGUGGUUUUAAGGGUAAUGCUGCAUAUGUCUGAAUUUGAGGAGAUCCCAAUUAAACCCAAAGUGUGGAUUUUUGUAGCACAGAUGGAUUUCACAUCAAUGUCUUUUCAACGAGGCUGGUCCAUUGACUUCAUGCAUGGUGCAUUCUCCUUUGCAGUUCACAGUGAGGAAGUGCUGGGAUUCCAUGAGUUCCUUCAGCACAGGAAGCUCACAAAUAAAGAGGAAGAUGGUUUUGCCAGGGAUUUCUGGAAAGAGGCAUUUCAGUGUUCUUUCUCCAACGCUACUGGAGAAACAAUGGCAGAAGAACUCUGCACUGGAGAGGAGAACCUGGAGCAUCUUCCUGGGUCUAUUUUUGAAAUCAGCAUGACCAGCCACAGCUACAGUAUCUAUAAUGCUGUCCAUGUAGUGGCAGAAGCUUUGCAUGUCAUGGAGUCAUCUGCAGUGAAAAAAAGAACAAGACAAGAUAAGCAGAGACAGCAGCUUCUCAAUCAACAACCUUGGCAGCUUCACCACUACUUGAGAAGUGUUUCAUUUAACAACAGUGUUGGGGAAAUGCUGUCCUUUAAUUCAAAAGGGGAACUUAUAGCAGGAUUUGAUAUUAUGAAUUGGAUCACAUUUCCAAAUCAGUCCUUUCUUAGAGUCAAAGUUGGAGGAAUGGCACCAGAGAAUGACCCUGGCAAAGUAUUCACCAUUUUUGAAGAUGCAAUCAAAUGGCCCAGGACUUUCAACCAGGCACACCCUCUUUCUGUGUGCAAUGCCCAUUGCAAUCGUGGAUACAGUAGGACAAAGAUUGAAGGGAAACCGUUUUGCUGCUACAAUUGCCAUCGAUGCCCAGAGGGGAAGAUUUCUCACCUAAAGAACUUGGAUGACUGUUUUCAAUGUCCGAAUGAUCAGCAUCCCAACAAGGACCAGAAUCUGUGCCUUCCAAAAGAAUUCAGCUUCCUCUCAUUUGAAGAGCCUUUGGGAAUCACUUUAGUUGGUUUUGCCCUUUUCUUUUCUUUCCUGACAGCUUUGGUGCUUCACCUCUUCAUUCAGCACCAGGAGACCCCCAUUGUCAAAGCCAACAACUGGAACCUCAGCUAUGUUCUCCUCAUUUCUCUCUUGCUUUCAUUCCUUAACACUUUGCUUUUCAUUGGGAAACCCACAGAAUUUAUGUGUCUCCUUCGACAAACAGCUUUUGGCAUCAUCUUCUCAAUUGCUCUUUCUUCAGUUUUGGCCAAGACCAUCAUUGUGGUCCUGGCUUUCAUGGCCACCACACCAGGAGCUGGGAUGAGGAAAUGGUCUGGGAAGCACCUGGCCAGCUCCAUCAUCCUUUUCUGCUCCUUUACUCAAACCAUGAUUUACAGUGUAUGGUUGGUAAUUGCGCCUCCCUUUCCAGAUGUUGACAUGCACUCCCUGAUGGAAGAAAUUAUCCUGGAGUGUAAUGAAGGAUCGGUCACCCUGUUUUACAGUGCCCUGGGCUUUCUGGGCUUUCUGGCUACCAUCAACUUCAUGGUGGCCUUCCUGGCCAGGAACUUGCCUGACAGAUAUAGGACAAUUGAAGCAAGUAGAAAGAUACCUAGUCCAGUUUUGGAAGAAGAUACCUAG